UACCUGUUUAUCUAUUUGUUUUAUUAAGAUAGAAGACUCAUUGUUGGGAAACACAUAGUCAGCUGUUGUUUUUGGAUUGAAAAAAGAAAAAAAAAUUGUGAUUUCAUGCAAGAAGAGUUGAUUAAGAGGCUGAGGGGUAGAAGAGAGCUCAAUCAAAGUUCUGCCAUCAAAUACUGCGAUUGAAAAAACUCUCUGACAGUUCUCUGAUUCGAUCUUUGAUCGGAAGUACGCGGAAAUGGUUACUGAUGGUAGUCCUUGGUUAUCUUGGUGGGCAUGCCUAUGCGUUUCCUUUCUCUCGUCGUUUGCUUCGAUCGUUGUCACUGUUUUUGUUAUGAAGAAAAGAAGCAGAAGUACUGCAGGUACUACUUCUAAUGAUGCGUUCUUCCAUGGCACUGGUGGUGGCUACAGAGUCGACACAUCAGGCUCGUCCUCGGCUAGUGGCCAACGGGGAUAUGAGUAUGACGUCUUCCUGAGCUUCAGGGGAGAAGAUACUCGCAAGGGAUUCACUGAUUGCCUCUACACUGCCCUUGAAGGUGCUGGGAUCCGUGUCUUCAGGGACAAUGAGAGGCUCGGCAUCGGCAAGGAAAUUGGUCGUGAACUUCUGCAGGGAAUCAAGCGGUCUAGCAUCUCCAUACCCAUCUUCUCUGAAAACUACGCAUCCAGUAAGUGGUGCCUCAAGGAGUUUGCCUUCAUGAUGGAGUGCAGGGAAGCAAGGGAGCAGAUCGUGCUUCCCAUCUUCUACGAUGUCACGCCAAACGAAGUCCAACACCAGACUGGGAGUUACGCCAGAGCCUUUCGGCAGCACGCCAAAAAGCAAGACCCUGAGACGGUUCAAAGGUGGAGGAGAGCUCUUGCAGAGGUUGGAUCUUUGAAGGGUUGGGAAUUAAAGAACGAGGCCAAUGGACAUCAAGGAAAAUUGAUUAAGAUGAUAGUCACAAAGGUUUUGAGGGAGUUGAAGAAGGCUCAUCUUUGUGUCAACAACAACAACUUAGUAGGGAUCGACAAUCACAUGAAAACAGUCGUGAGAAUGCUUAGUGUCGAUGCGCCAGAUGUGAGGUUUAUUGGUAUUUGGGGCAUGGGGGGCAUUGGAAAGACGACACUUGCUAAGGUCGUCUAUUACCAUAUGUUGGAUGAUUUUGACAGUUGCAGUUUCCUACAAGAUGUACGAGAAAUAUCAGGGCGCAGUAACAACGGCCUUCGGCAAUUGCAAAGUCAACUUGUUGCUGACCUCUUGAAGUGUGACCGCCCGGAGUUUGCUACCAUUGAUGAAGGAAUAAGUGUAGUCAAGCGUAGGUUUCGUGAGAUGAAGGUCCUCAUUCUUCUCGAUGAUGUUGAUAGUGUUGAUCAACUAAAAGCACUGGCUGCAGAACUUGACUGGUUCGGCCAAGGGAGUAGAAUCAUCAUCACCACUAGAAACAAGGGCACUUUAGAAGUACCUCGGGAGCAUCAGGUCUAUGAAGUAAAUGAAAUGGAAGAAGAGCAGGGCCUCCAACUAUUUUGCAAGCAUGCUCUGAGGAGAGAUGCUCCCACAGUUAGACUGAGAGCUCUAUCAGAAGAAAUUGUCAAAAGAAUCGGAGGUCUUCCUCUAGCUCUUGAAGUUAUUGGCUCUUUUCUCCAUGGGAAAAGUGAGGAUACCUGGAAGGCGACAUUGCAGAAGUUGAAGAUAGUGCCAAAUAAGGAAGUCGAGCACAGGUUGAGGAUUAGCUAUGAUGCAUUAGAGCACGAACAACAACAAAUGUUUUUAGAUAUUGCAUGCCUUUUCAGCCGGGAAGAUAAAAGGACAAUAGCUCACAUGUGGAAAGAUCAAUAUAAAUUUUCUCCGGAAGCUGAUAUUGAAGUCCUCCAACUAUUGUCUCUUAUUAAGAUUGGAGAGGACAAUAUGCUAAGGAUGCAUGAUCAGCUUCGAGAUCUUGGUAGGGGAAUUGUUCGGCAAGAAAACCCUAAAGAACCAGGGAAGCGGAGUAGGUUGUGGGGCGAUGAAGCAGUUGAUGUUCUGCUGAAGAAGCAGGGGUCGAAAAAUAUAGAAGCCAUCCAACUGGAAUAUCAGAUUGGGUUGGAGGACCGCUGUUUUGAGCCUAGCGAGUUUAGGAAGCUAUCAAAGUUGAGAUUUCUCCAACUAGACUGUGCUAAUCUUGCUGGCAAUUUUGAGAAUCUUCUACCAACCCUGAGAUGGCUUCGGUGGAAAAUACCGUCACUCGACUGCACAGCAACAAAUUUGAAUGUAAAGGACCUACUCAUCCUUGAUUUGUCAAAUAGCAAGGUCACACAUAAUUGGAAUGCUUGGAACUCAAUUCAGAUGAUGACGAUGAAGCUGAAAGUUCUUGACCUCAGCUACUGCAAAGAACUUACUCGAACUCCUGAUUUGUCCCCAUUUUGCAACCUGGAGAGGUUAAAUAUAAGCAAUUGCGAAAGACUGCAGGUGAUUGACCCUUCCAUAGGUAAGCUUAAGCAUCUUGCUUCCCUCAAUAUGACAGAUUGUCGUUUCGUUAAGGAGCUUCUAGAGCAAUUGGACAUCAAUGAAACGUUGCUUGAACUUGUCAUUGAUGGAACUGGCAUAAAAAAGUUGCCUACCCUGGACGGUUUGAUGAAGCUCGAAACCUUGAGUGCCAACAACUGCGCGUGUCUGACUCAGAUUCCAAGUUCUAUUGGCCAUUUAACAUCUCUCGCAGAUCUUAGACUUGAUCAAUCAAAAAUCAGUGAGCUUCCAGAGUCGAUUGGAUCAUUAGUGACAUUGCGACGGCUAACGGUAGCAGGCACUCCUCUGAGAGAGCUUCCGAAGUCUAUUGGGGGCUUGAAUUCAUUGGUCGAGUUGGUUCUAUCCAGGACAAGGGUUGCCCGAUUCCAUUGAGAAUCUGAUUAAUCUGCGUGUGCUUAAGAUUGAUCGUAGUUCAAUCCAAUCUAUACCUACUGCUCUUGGACAGUUAGAGAAACUUAAAUCCAUAGACGCUUCAGAGUGUCGAUUACUUCGACAAAUUCCAAUCGAGCUUGGGAGGCUAUCCCUUUUAAAGGUCCUGCUAUUGCGUCAUACAAAUAUUAGCAGCAUUCCAGAGACAAUUGGGGGCCUUCCUUGUCUUGAGACUCUUGAUUUAGCAUGGUGCACACAGCUCAGAACUCUCCCUGCGCUUCCCAGCAGCUUAAGUAGCGUGUCACUGACCUGUGAGUCAUCGGUGCCAAUACCGAAUCUCCCAGAUUUGAUUAACUUAAAGAAGAUAGAAUUUGUCCGGUCAGUGGUUCCCAAGGAGAUUUUGGAGUUGUCGAAGUUGGAGAAGCUGCAUAUAUCUCGGUCAAAUGUUAGCAUCUUACUGGACGGAAUUGGCGCGCUGGCUACACUUAAGGAGCUUUCUAUUGGUAAUGUCAAUCUCCAAUGCCUUCCUGAACUUCCACUAGGUCUGCGUAAGCUAUGUAUAUUACGUUGUCAUUCCCUUGCAAGAUUGACAGCGCUUUCAAAUUUGCAAAACUUAUCCGAAUUAAAGCUACACGACUGCCCUGAGCUUGUCGAAAUUGAGAGCCUCGGUGAUCUAGCGACAUUGAGAAUUUUGUACAUUUCUUUCUGCCGAAGGAUAGCUAAACUUGAUGGCCUUGA